AUGUACCUACCGCGCUCUCUGAUCUCCAAGCUCUAUAUUCACCUCCAGAACUCGCGACAUCCGCUCUCUCCUCCCGUUCUUAUCCUUGUCGCCCUCGAGCCCGACGCCCUCUGUGGCUGCCGCAUAUUGACUCGUCUACUCAAGCAUGACUACAUCCCCCACAAGAUACAGCCCAUCUCGGGCUACGCCGAUCUCGAGAAGGCUGGCAAGGAGCUCGUCGUGCCCAUGAUGCAGUCGCAGGGCGGCGCCGGUGGCCUUGUCGUUUGCCUCGGCGUUGGGGGCAUGGUUGAUCUGGGUCCGCUCCUUGGUCUCGAGCCUGAGGGCGAGGAGAAUCCCUACAGCGGUGUCGAAGUCUGGGUGCUCGAUGCUCAUCGCCCCUGGAACUUAGCCAAUGUUUUUGGCGGCUUUCCGCUGCAGCCCUCAUCAGACGAGGCAGUGUCCUACCAGUCGCGCAGCCCGGUGGGCGUAUCGGGUGGCGAAAUCGGACGCGCCUACAACUCUGAACGGGGCGGGAUUGUCGUCUUUGAUGACGGCGAUAUCGAAGAAGAACUCAUGACCGAGCGUGACGCGUAUCUGGCGCUCGUAGACAUGCCGGAUAUAGACAACGACGGCAACGAUGACUACGGAUUGAGUGAUGACGACGACGAACCUGAGCCUCGCGCGCUCGCCGGACAAAAACGCAAGAGCUUGCCCGACAAUGAUGAGCUGACCGACGACGACGAUGACAGACCCGCCCGACGACGGCGGAGCAACUCGUCGAGCUCAAUACCCGUUUCUCCGAGACGCCCAACACAACGAGGACUGGUCUCGCUCCGAGAUCCGGAACUGGGACUUUCUAGCGAUCCGCUCGAGCCUCCAUCUGGCGCACAGGAGCCUCCCGCACCUUCGGCCCGCGCCCUUCGACGAAAAUUGUUGCGAAUGAGAAGUGAAAAGGAGUCUGUGCUACAACAAUACUACAAGAUGGGAUCAUCGUUUUCAGAGCCAGUCUCCUCCAUGAUGUAUUCUUUGGCCUCGGAGCUCGGUCGCGAAGACAACGACUUGCUGUGGCUUACGAUUGUUGGUGUGACGUCAAUGGAGCUGUACGGGAAGUCAUCGGCGGGUGUCGCCGUCUCGAUCCGAGCCUCGGACAAGAACGUACCAACAGGGUGGAUGGGAGUGCGUGGCGCGCGCCUCCGCCAGCUGCUACGAGACGAAGUUAGGCGAUUAAACCCCCCAGAGAUCACCAAUGGACGAGUUGCCUCGGAGAACACGGGCGUCAUUCCGACGACAGCGCGCAACCCUGAAGACACGGGCAUUAGGCUAUCGCCAGAGCCGCGCUUUCUUCUCAUCCGCCAUUGGAGCCUAUACGACAGCAUGCUACACUCGCCAUACUUGUUCUCGCGUUUAAAGACGUGGAGCGAGACUGGAAUCAAGCGCCUGCACAAACUACUGGCCAAGAUGGGCGUUAGUCUUGCGCAGUGUAAACAAAGCUACACGCACAUGGACAUGAUGUUAAAAAGAGAGCUGCGAGCCAAGCUGCUGUACUAUGGCAAAUAUUACAAUUUGGAUGAGAUGGUGCCUGCUGUGGACACGGACGGCAAGGACCGAGCAGGUGCCAAAGACGGAUGGGGUUUCGUGCGGAGCUGGGGCUGGCGUGCAACGUUGUCUGCGCAAGAUGUUGGUGUGGUCAUUGGUGCCCUGCUCGAGGUCGGGAAGCACGCGCAGGCUUUGGAUCUAGCAUUUGCCGCUAGUCAGGCCAGUCGUGAGAUUGAAGAUGAUGCCGAAGUAGCAGCCCAAGGCGAAGAGUGGGUUGGGCGCUUCUGGGAAGCCUAUGAUGCGCUGGAGAACAUUGACGCUCUCAAAGCGGGCCUCCCAACGGCCCAGUUUCUGCAUCGAGCCAUCUACAGAACCGGCACAUCACUGAUCAACAAGAAACAAAUCAAGCAUUUGCGGGCGUUCCGACUCUGCGUUGUCAAGGAUGGGCCGGAUGUCUCGUUAUUUACCCAUCCUUCGGCGCUGACAAAGCUCUCGCUGUGGAUUGGCGAGGCCCUUGGCGAGCAAGACAGAGAAGCACAUGGAAAACUGUCGCACGGCGGGCGUGGAACACCUUUGGUGGUGGCCAGCCUGCAUGAGAAGCGCGGAGUAUACAUUGUAGUCGGUACAGGCGGUGGCGGCGGACCCGACUCGACCUUUAUGGACAAGGAAGCGGCAAAGCAGCGACAGCGGACUAAAGAGGCCCGGGCAAAGAAGAAGGAGGAAUCUCGUUUGGCAAAGGAGCGCGUCAGGGCGCAAAAGCUAGCAGCCAGGGAAGCCGCGGGAGAAGAGGUGGAUGAGCUGGAAACUGAGUCAGAGGGCUCGGAUGAGGAGGAUGAGGAUGAUUCAGACUCGGAUCAAGAAGAACACGACAAGGGUUACGGGCUGAAUCGAUUCGGCAGCGCGUUUCAAGAAGUGGUUGCCGAGACGAGUGCACGAGUGAGAAUCGACAGUUUUGAGCAUUGCGUGGUUGAAGUCAAGAAGGAAGACUUGGGUGGCUUCCUGGAGAGCCUGAGCAUGAAGGCAGUUGUUGGAUAA